AUGUUGGAAAUUACAGAACUUCAGAAAAUUGGUGUUGGGCUUGUUGGCUUUGGGAUAUUCUUCCUCCUGUUUGGUGUAUUGUUGUACAUGGAUUCGGUGCUUCUGGCCUUUGGAAAUGUCUUGUUCCUGUGUGGCUUGGCUGUUAUAAUAGGACUAAGAAGAACUUUUGGAUUCUUCUUCCAAAAGGAGAAACUGAAAGGAACCAGUUUCUUUCUCGGAGGCAUAAUCAUUGUUCUGCUUCGGUGGCCUCUACUAGGCAUGCUACUAGAGACCUAUGGUUUCAUUAAUCUCUUCAGGAGCUUUUUUCCAAUUGCUUUUGGAUUUCUGGGAUCACUGGUGAAUGUCUCAUUUUUGAACAAGCUGUUUCAGAAAUUUGGAGACACCAGCUCUGCAGUGUAA